AAAAAAAAAAAAAAAAAAAAAAAAAAACUGAGUUCUGAGUUGACCCGAUGCAUUUCAAAAGCAAGUCAAAUAAAGCAUUUGACUGCAGCCUAAGGGACAAAGGCACUGCCUCAACUGCAAGCAGAUUGGUGACACCCAGAAGUCCAUAGGAUAUCAGACUCAGAACCCAAAUAUCCCAGCAAUGGAGGAUGAAAAGAAAUCAACCCAAAACGCCUCUAUCAAUCUAAUCAGACCAAUCCGUUGCAUCGUCAAGCUUGGUGGUGCUGCAAUUACUUGCAAGAAUGAACUAGAGAAAAUAAAUGAGGAAAGCCUUAAGGAGGUUUCUGCACAGCUUAGGCAAUCAAUGAUUAUGCAGUCCCCUUCAGGGAAGAAUCUUGGGAUGGAUUGGAGCAAACGAACAGGAGAAUCAGAUGUUUCGUGUGACAUAGAUUGUUUUAGACACCAGCCAUCUUUGGAUUCCAGCCCUUUUAUUGUAGUCCAUGGUGCAGGUUCUUUUGGGCACUUUCAAGCUAGUGAAUCUGGGGUUCAUAAAGGAGGAUUGGACCAACCUCUUGUCAAGGCUGGUUUUGUUGCCACACGCAUUUCUGUUACAAAGCUCAAUCUCGAAAUAGUUCGAGCACUAGCCAGAGAGAGUAUUCCUUCCAUUGGAAUGUCUCCAUUUUCAUGUGGAUGGUCAACCAGUGAAAGAAAUAUAGCCUUUGCUGAUUUAUCUGUUGUGGCCAAGGCCAUUGACUCUGGUUUCAUACCUGUAUUGCAUGGAGAUGCUGUGCUUGAUAACUUACUGGGUUGCACCAUAUUGAGUGGUGACGUUAUCAUACGUCAUCUUGCUGAACACUUAAAGCCGGAAUAUGUUGUUUUUCUUACAGAUGUUUUAGGGGUAUACGAUCGUCCACCAUCAGAUCCCAAUGCAGUGCUCUUGAGAGAAAUUGCUGUGAGUGAAGAUGGUAGCUGGUUUGUUGUGAAGCCGACACUUGAAAACAUGAAAGCAGUUCAAAUAACAGUAGCAGCUCAUGAUACAACGGGUGGCAUGCAGACUAAGAUAUCAGAAGCUGCAAUGAUAGCGAAACUUGGAAUCGAUGUUUACAUUGUCAAGGCAGGAACAAGCCAUUCAGUGAGGGCACUUAAUGGUGGAUUGAAGGAUGACAUUCCUGAUGACUGGCUUGGUACAGUUAUCCGGCUUUUUAGAUAGAAAAAAUGGACUUACUUGGACCCAUCUCUUGGAUUUUGGAGACUUCAACAUAAAAUGAAGAUUUAUUAUGUGCCCAUUAACUUGCUUAGAAUGAAAUGUCCUCGUUACAUUUUAUUUGCAAGCAAUCAUGGGAUUAGUUCAAAUGUGUCGGUUCAAGACUAAUUGUUUCAACAAUAAUAGGAUUCGUGUCUCCAAAGAUGUAGUUCCUUGGCAGUUUGCCAAACUUCCAUGUAGUUUGUUAGUACUAAAAAAAUAUUAAAGCUUUUGUUUAGUGUCUGCAAUGAAAAA